AUGGCGGACGGAAUCGACAGACGUGCCGAAGAGCGGAUGGAGUUCAACACCUCCAAGGAGGUCACGGUGGCCCCUACCUUCGAGGACAUGCACUUGAAGGAGAGCCUCCUCCGCGGCAUCUAUGCUUACGGCUACGAGUCUCCCUCAGCUGUCCAGUCGCGUGCGAUUGUUCAGAUCUGCAAAGGUCGCGAUACCAUUGCGCAAGCCCAGUCUGGUACUGGUAAAACCGCUACAUUCUCGAUCAGUACCCUGCAGGUCAUUGACACGGCUGUGCGUGAAACCCAAGCCCUUGUUCUUUCCCCUACCCGUGAACUCGCAACCCAGAUCCAGUCCGUCGUCAUGGCUCUCGGCGACUAUAUGAACGUCCAAUGCCAUGCAUGCAUCGGUGGCACCAACGUCGGCGAAGAUAUCCGCAAGCUCGACUACGGCCAGCACGUCGUGUCAGGAACUCCCGGCCGUGUCGCCGAUAUGAUCCGUCGCCGACACCUGCGCACCCGUCACAUUAAGAUGCUCGUCCUCGAUGAAGCAGACGAACUUCUCAACCGCGGUUUCCGCGAGCAGAUCUACGAUGUUUACCGCUACCUUCCGCCGGCGACGCAGGUUGUGGUUGUUUCGGCCACCCUUCCUUACGACGUGUUGGAUAUGACGACCAAGUUUAUGACAGACCCCGUGCGUGUCUUGGUCAAGCGUGACGAGUUGACUCUGGAGGGUAUCAAGCAAUACUUCAUUGCUGUUGAGAAGGAGGAAUGGAAGUUUGACACACUCUGUGAUCUCUACGACACCUUGACUAUCACCCAGGCUGUGAUCUUCUGCAACACCCGUCGAAAGGUCGACUGGUUGACCGACAAGAUGCGCGAGGCCAACUUUACCGUCUCAAGCAUGCACGGCGAGAUGCCCCAGAAGGAACGUGACAGCAUUAUGCAGGACUUCCGUCAGGGUAACUCUCGUGUUCUGAUCUCCACCGAUGUUUGGGCUCGUGGUAUCGAUGUCCAGCAGGUUUCACUCGUGAUCAACUACGAUCUGCCUACCAACCGUGAGAACUACAUUCACCGUAUCGGUCGUUCUGGUCGUUUCGGUCGCAAGGGUGUGGCUAUCAACUUUGUUACCAGCGAUGAUGUCCGUAUUCUGCGGGACAUCGAGCUAUACUACUCUACCCAAAUUGACGAGAUGCCCAUGAAUGUUGCCGAUCUUCUUUCAUGA